AUGGUGAGCCUGCAUGUCCUGGUUGUGAGCUUGGCCCUCUUUGUUCGGAUACUCGUUGGGUAUCAGCAUCACUCUGGUGAAGACAAUUACCAUGGAAGCAAAAGGGCAUAUGGUGGUGACUAUGAGGCUCAGAGGCAUUGGAUGGAACUGACUUGGCAUCUCCCAAUUGGAGAUUGGUAUUGGUAUGACUUGCAGUACUGGGGACUCGAUUAUCCACCCUUAACUGCAUACGUAUCCUAUGUGUGUGGAGCUUUGUCCGAAUGGCUGGUGGGACCCGGAACAGUCGCCUUGUUCAAGUCGAGGAGAUAUGAAGGAGAUCCCACUCACAAAGCCUUUAUGAGGGCAACAGUGUGGGUUCUUGAUGCUCUAAUCUAUUUUCCCGCUGUAUUUUUCAUACUCAAAGUAUUGUGGCAACUCAAAAGACAAGAAUCAUCAUCCACCAACGAGUUUCUCAUUGCCGUCCUCGUGGCAUUGCUACAACCCAGCAUCAUCCUCAUUGAUCAUGGACACUUCCAGUACAAUACCGUUGCAUUGGGACUGUCGCUGUGGAGUCUCUUCUUCAUUGCUCAUCCCAGCUUCUUCCUCAGCUGUAUCUAUGGAUCCGUCUUUUUCAGUCUUGCUCUCAACUUUAAACAAAUGACACUAUACUACGCUCCCGUCAUUUUCGCAUACUUGCUCGGUCGAUGUCUCGCCUUCAACAACGGCAGCAAAAUACCCCUUUGGCAGCAAGGUUUGGAACGAUUUGCAGCACUCGGAGGGACUGUUAUCAUUACGUUUGUACAGUUGUGGUGGCCAUUUCUACUCUACGGACCACGAGACAACCUCAGCUUGGUGGAAGAUGGCAGCCGCAACGCUCUGCGUACGAUGCUGCAGCGUGGAACACAUGUCCUACGUCGUAUUUUCCCACUUGAACGAGGGCUUUUUGAAGGCAAAGUCUCCAACCUCUGGUGUGCAUUGGACACCAAACCAAUCAACAUUCGAGAUCGAAUCCCUGCCGAUGUUCAGCCCCUGGCAGCUUUGGCUGCAACCUUUUUGCUCAUGAUGCCAUCCUGCAUUGCUCUCUUCCUGAUUGGCAGAGCAUCCGAACAGCGAAAGGAAGCAGCAACUAGGCAACACGCCGCUGAUCUCAAAUCUCUCCUGUGGGGCUGCACCAGUUGUGCAUUUGCAUUCUUCUUGGCGAGCUUCCAAGUUCAUGAAAAGAGUAUUCUAUUGGCACUGGCACCGGCGUCUCUCCUGGUAUGGGAGGAUGUUGUGUUCUGCGACUGGAUGGCCGUGGUUGCCACUUGGACCAUGUGGCCGCUUUUGGUGGUCGACAGAUUACAACUACCCUAUGUCUGCACCCUGAUUAUCUUUGCCACAGCCAUCACACAAUUACGAACUACUCCCCUUCUUCAAACCAUAACCAUGAAGCCUACUGAUGGAGACUGGGUAGCAUGGUGUUGGAAGAUUCUAUGUCAGCUGAGUUUGGCUGCAAUGCUGGUCCUCCAUGCGCUGGAGAUGGUUGUGCCUGUACCCUCCCAUUUGCCAGACCUGUUCCCUGUACUUUGGAGCAUUGGUGGGUGCGCACUCUGCUGCUUGGCGUGGCUCAGAACUGUGGGAUCUCUCCUGACUGAGGGACGGAGCGCCCUGCAAAAGCCAAAGAAUGAUUGA